CACUCAUAACUUGCCCCAAACCCCACCCAAAAAACAAAAAUAGAAACAGAAACCAAAAAGAAAAAGAUCAAACGCUAGGUUUCAUUCCAUUUUCCACCCAAAAACAACAACAAAAUGGCGAUGGAGCUGAUAGAAAACAACCGGGAAGGCGCCGAGAUCUUCAGCGGCUCCGAUCUCUGCAAGAAGAAGUGCGCGGAGCUACUGGAAGAGCUCCACCUGCCGCGCGGCCUCCUCCCGCUGCCGGAUCUCUUGGAGGUCGGACGGAACAAGGCGACGGGCUUCGUGUGGCUACGGCAACCCAAGGCCACGAUCAACCACUUCAAGAAGAUCGGGAAGACGGUGUCGUACGCGACGGAGGUCACGGCCUUCGUUGAGGAUCGCCGGAUGACGAGGAUGACCGGAGUGAAAAGCAAGGAGUUGUUGAUCUGGUUUUCGAUCUCUGAUAUGCUCGUUGCUGAUCCCGAGGGGAAGAAGAUCGCCUUCAAAACGGCCUCUGGACUUGGCCGAGCUUUCCCUUUCUCUGCGUUUGAAGAGGAGGGGGGGAGGAGUGAGGUUUGAUGGCAGUUUCGUUAUUAAUUGGAUGGCAUGGGGUGGAUUUGUAAGUUGGAGUUGAAGGAAUAAAUAAUAUUUUAUUAAUUAAAACGUUCUCUGCGUGUGUGUUUUCCAAUGUUUUCAGAACCGGACCGGGAAGUGAACCGGCCAAACAACCGGGUCAUGGGUCGGUUGGACCGGAUGACCCGGUUUGGUCAAACCGGAUGAUGUAAUAAUUAAUAAUUAUAUAUAUAUUCUCCAAAAUUCUAAACUCA